CAUUCAUCACAGCGCGAUCCAAAAUUACCACGCCACACUUUGCCAGCUUCGUCAACUUGUUGCACUGAAACUGAAUUGCUCCUUAGAUUCGAAUUGCACCUUCGCAAUCUUCUCAGUUCCAACUGUUCUGAGACGUCAUGUCAUUCUUUGGAACUAACACGGCGUCGACAGCACCAGCGGCGCCCGCAGAAAAGGAUAUCGAAGUUCCGGAGCCACCGACUGACUCCAUCUCUUCCCUAGCUUUUCUCCCCUGCAGCAGACUAUCUAGCGUUGGCGCUGGAGGGCAGACUCAAGGCAAGGCAAUGUUUGGCCACCAAGGACCUGUGUUGAGCGUGUGUUGGAACAAGGAAGGUAACAAAGUUAUUUCGGGGGGUGCGGAUAAUGCUGCACGCAUGUUUGACAUUACGAAUGGACAAUCACAGCAAGUGGCACAGCACGAUGCCCCUGUGAAGGUCGUAAAGUGGAUCGAGACACCACAGGGUGGCAUUCUGGCCACUGGCAGUUGGGAUAAGACCGUAAAAUACUGGGAUAUGCGAUCGCCAACUCCUGUUGCCACCGUUCAACUCCCUGAGCGCUGCUACAGCAUGGAUGUACAAUAUCCGCUUAUGGUCGUUGCCACAGCCGAGCGCCAUAUCCAGAUUUUCAAUCUUACAAACCCAAACACAGCAUAUAAAACCAUCAUUUCCCCGCUGAAAUGGCAAACGCGCGUUGUUUCAUGCUUCACCAACUCCGCCAGCAGCGGGUUUGCUGUGGGUAGUGUGGAAGGCCGUGUGGCCAUCCAGUACGUAACUUUGUCAGAUGAUUGGAACAACUUUUCAUUCAAGUGCCAUCGAAAAGACCAGACACCGAAUGCCAAAGACCAGUCCCUUGUGUACGCCGUCAAUGACAUAUCCUUCCAUCCUGUGCACGGGACCUUCUCUACUUGCGGCUCUGAUGGGACUAUCCACUUCUGGGACAAAGACGCCCGCACACGGCUAAAGACUUUCGAGGCCACCCCUGGGCCAAUCAGUGCUACUACGUUCAACCGAAACGGCACGAUCUUUGCAUACGCUGUCUCGUAUGACUGGUCUAAAGGCCACAGCGGCAUGACGCCAGGACACCCCAACAAACUCAUGUUACAUGCUUGCAAGGACGAUGAGGUCAAGAGGCGACCAAAGAAGUAGGUGAGGUCGAGGCAUCGGGACAGUGUUUGAGUUGCUUUUGAGUAGUACGCUAUCUACAUCCAUAUGUCGAUGUCUCGAUGUGUUGCAUUAAUAACAUGAUAGUUGUGUUUCUCCU